AUGGCAUUAAGAACGUCGACGAAUUAUAAGGCUGUAUCAAAUGGCUUUACAUGGGUUGUUGGUGCUUGUGGUAACGGCAUGGAAUUGAGUGCAGCUGGUACUACUUGUGAAUGUCCGAUUGGUUACAUUUUAAGACCUUGCGUGCUUAACCAGAAUUGGGGUGGUAUUGAUGGAGCAACGUGCACAGCACCUUCACAAUCAAUAACACUUACAUUCGAAUGA